AUGGGAGGUGGUCGUGGCGCACUUGGAGCUGGAGUUGGAGCGCCAAACUCAACAAUAAGAAACAGUUAUAGAAGAAGUGGUGCAAGUACAACAACAGAACAACUAGAGUACAACAGAACAAGUGGGAGUCGUGAUACCGAUAGAAACAGUAAUGGGAGACCGACAUCUACUACUAGUAUAGCUACAUUAGGAGAAUAUUACCAAUACCCUGCUCAUUCAUCCGCAUAUAGUAGUUGGCUUCUAGGACAAGCUGCCCCAAGACAUGUGUCACUACCUAGCUCAGAGAUGCGAAGUGGGUGGCCGGAGGCUCCUCCGCUGUCUGUGUCAACGGGAGGAGAGCUGCAAGGACCUAGUACUACAGGGAAUGAGGUUCUUGAGAACGCGUCAUCAUCGUCAACAUCAUCAACAACAGUCCAGCCACCAGGUGGAACAAGAGCAGGAAGUGCUGCUCUACUAGUAAGUGGGGCGGGCACUUCGACUUCUACAACAAAUAGUCGAGGCUUCACACGAACCGGAACUAACACUCAACUAGACGUGCGAGAGGAGCUCUACCAAAGUACACUGCAUCUCCACAAACGAACGACGGCAGUGCGGCCACCUGAGAUUCUGGUAAAUGGAGGCGCCGGAGCCCUGCAGCGAGUAUCCGAUGUGUCUUUGAAUCCUGAAAGCGUGAUGUGUGCUGACGUUUCUAGCAAUUCUGGCAAUAGUAAGAGCCAGUCGUCAGGAGGCACAAGCUGUGCCAAUACGAAGAAAAAGCAGUUGCUGAGGGGUGCAACAUCAGAAAGAUUGUUCAUGCUUCAUUAUGCCUACCAGAAAUGAUCCUGCUUCUUCAAUUUGUUCAUCAUCCUGAAAAAUUCAAUUUCAAAUAAAAUUACAUCCCUUUACAUAAUUUUUUACUAGGUAGUUCAACGAACUAGAGGUCGGUCAAAUGAGGAUGAUGUUGAUGCAAGAACAUAAACUACAACUACUUCUACCACUAUCUUCAUCUUUUCUCUUUUUCUAUCUCUAACUUGAGCAAAGACAGGAGUCCGAGGAGGAGCAGCUGUGGACGUUGAUGAGGGCUUUAGAGACCAGCAAUAUGGCCCUGUCUCACGUAUUGACGGAUCAUAAUGUUCAUCAGAUGCAAGAAAAUGUAAGAUUCAGCAGUGUCUCUACUAUCCGAAGCACAGGCGGUCUUCGUGGAAGUCAGGGUCAUCAGAGUCAAAGUCAAAGUGAUGCUGACCGACAUACAAAUCCUUUUUUUGGACACCAAAAAACCAGACAAACUAACGCAGAAACAGUAGAAGAGGAAGAUGCGGACGAUGUAGGUACUCUUAAGGCUUGGAAAUUUAUCUUUAGAAGCAAGAAUUUUAUGAUGGUACAACAGGCACAGGUAUUAAGGGUAGGUUAAAGGUGCUUUUCUUACCGCUUUUUAUGCCUCUCCUAAGGAAGAGAGGCAUAACAAGCGGGGUAAGCGAGCACCAAAAACCUACCUCUAAAGGUACCUCCGUGAACGAAUGGAAAGUAGUUCCUAAGGAACUCAUUAGUAUUUAGUACUACCGAGAAGAUGCUACUCAGUAACUAAGAGAAGAAGAUCAAGAUGUAUUUCGGAAACAGGCUGCAGCUUCACCUCUAACCUUUGGAAAAGCAUUGUACAAAGUCUGUCCGAUCAGCUGCUGAGUCGAUUGACUCAAAUUAGAACGUCCUCGAUCCACUUAAGCAGAGAGCAAGAAGAGGAAAUUCAAAAGGCAACGGAUCUUCUUGAUGAUGCACAAAGGACAGUAGAGCCUGAGGUAGGGGAAGGGGUCGGACCAGUAGCUCCGCGCCACACGAAGCCACCAGGUAGCUUGUUGUCGGAGAUGGUCGGAGGUGGAACAACGAGUUCUAUGGGUAUGGGAAUG